CAGGGCUUAGAAUAGCACAUGGCACAUAGCAAGUGCUUAACAAAUACCAUAAUUAUUAUUACUACCCUGAAAGAUAACCAGCGGGGUCUCCCGGCCAGUGUGAGGGGAUUCCCCCGGCUGGAGAGCAGCAAUCCGUUUGUGGCUUUGCUUUCGUCAGGCUGAAGACCCUGGGACCUGUGUGGGGUGGCAGCUGGGCCUCGGGCUCCGGCUCAGGGGACUGAAAUCCUGGAAGAUACAGAGAGGAAUGAGCUCUGGGCUUUUUUAUUUAAUUUUAUUUUUAACGAAAGAAGCGAGAUUGUGGAGUCCGGAUGCCAGCCAAGUCCUCAGCCCAGCCCCCACUCUGCAGCAAUACCUCAACAUCCCCGGGCCAGAAGAAGCUCUCCCCUUCCCCCCACCAACUCCUGUAAACUGACUAAAUCAGGGCACUCUUCGGAGCGGUGGAUUCUCAAGAUUUGGCCGGCCUGGCCCCCGAGACUCCCUGGGGGUCAGAGCGGCGACCCCGGCUGAUCCCUCUCAGCCUCCGGGCCUCGCUGCCUCUGAGGUUCGGUCGUGUUCUCGGGCUGCCGCCGAGGCCUGGGUGGGGACCGGUCCUCCCCUCCGCUCCCAAGCUCUGGGUUGCCCCGGUCAAUCCUGACACGGCCCUUGUCUCAGGUGUCCGGAGGAAGUAGCUCACCCGUGAGGCUGGCGGGCCUGGCUGCGGCCGGCUCUGAGGACGCCAGAUGCCGAAGAAGAUGGACGGACGGACAAUCAGACGAAUGUUCAGGCUCUUCCGGUCUCGGGCAGAUACCCCUUCCGAGGCCACCAGAGAUGCCAAGAGGGAGCUGGAGCAGGGUCCCGGGGAACGCUCCCAUUACACCUACAUGGGGGGUCAGCACUUCUUCGAAUACCUGGUGGUGGUCUCACUGAAGAAAAAGCGCUCGGAGGACCGCUAUGAGCCUACGAUCACCUACCAGUUCCCCAAGCGGGAGAACAUGCUCCGGGGCCAGUUGGAGGAGGAGGAGCGACUGCUUGGUGCCAUUCCCUUGUUCUGCUUUCCUGACGGCAACGACUGGGCCCCGCUCACCGAAUUCCCCAGUGAAACGUUUUCCUUCGUUCUGACCAACGUGGACGGGAGCCGGAAGAUCGGAUACUGCAGGCGGCUUCUGCCUGCCGGCCGGGGACCUCGACUCCCCGAGGUUUUCUGCAUCAUCAGCUGCAUCGGCUGCUUCGGUUUGUUCUCCAAGAUCCUGGAUGAGGUGGAGAAACGGCGGCAGAUCGCAAUGGCCGUCAUCUACCCGUUCAUGCAAGGCCUGCGGGAGGCGGCGUUUCCCGCCCCGGGGAAGACCGUCACCCUCAAGAGCUUCAUCCCGGACUCGGGGACCGAGUUCAUCGAACUCAAGCGGCCGUUGGACUCUCGCCUGGAGCACGUGGAUCUCCGCUCCCUGCUGAGAUGCCUGUCCCCCUCCCAGAUCCUACACAUCUUCGCCUCCGCCGUGCUGGAGAGGAGGAUCAUCUUCCUGGCCGAGGACCUCAGCACCCUGUCUCAGUGCAUCCACGCCUCCGCGGCCCUGCUCUACCCCUUCAGCUGGGCCCACACCUUCAUCCCGGUGGUGCCCGAGACCCUCCUGGACACCGUCUGCUGUCCCACCCCCUUCAUGGUCGGAGUCCAGAAGCGCUUUAUCGACAAUGUUCUGGAGAGCCCCAUGGAAGAGGUUCUGCUGGUGGAUCUGUGUAAAGGACAGUUCAUAAGGCAGGUGGGCGAUGAAAAGGAAAUCCUUCCCGCCAAACUUCAGAGUAACAUCCUGUCUGUCCUCAGCCAAGACAGCUCCCACCUGCAGACUUUGGAGGAGAUCAACGAACACGUCUCCGAGCCUUUUGUGCAGUUCUUCGUCAAGACUGUGGGCCACUACGCCGCCCACAUCAAGCGAUCCAAGGGCAACCAGGGCAGCUUCCAGGAGCGGUCGUUCUGCAAGGCCUUGCGCUCCAAGACGAGCCGCCGGUUCCUGAAGAAGUUCGUCAAGACGCAGAUGUUUUCUUUAUUCAUCCAGGAGGCUGAGAAGAGCCAGUCCCUGCCGGCGGGCUAUUUCCAGCAGAAAAUCACUGAGUACGAGGAACAAAAGAAGCAGAAGAAACAGAAGGAAAAGGCUGUAAAGUAGCCAGGCUCUAGGACUAAUGCCCGAGACACUCCUCCCCGGCUCCGAGCGUCCCCUGCCGAUCUCUCCGUCGCCCCCCUCACCCUGCUCUGGACCCCAUCUCGGCUCUUACCUGGGCUGUGGGACUCCGAGGGCUGGACCUCUCUACACCUUGGGGGAUCCAUCCCCAAGGCCACCGACUGUCCGUGUGGAGGCCGGGCUGGGCCUCUACCCGUGCUCCGCUGCCCUGGGUCUUGGGGGGCCCGGGGGGCGGGGCUCGCCCACCCAAAAUCCAGCCAAACAUGGACACGUGAGAAUGUGAAUUAAAAAUGACACUUCUGCCCCCA